AGGAAAAGCGUGUAUAAAAAGCGCAGAGCUCAAAGCAAACGGCAUCAAACGCUAAGCAACGUUUGGACACCAUUCAUCCAGAUACUUCAAGGAACAACAUGAGUCUGCGACUUUGCCUGCUGGCCUGCCUUGUGGCGGCCGUAUGUGCCAACAACAAGGACACCCUUAAGGCCACCAACUGGCUGAGCACCCACGACCUGGUGCAGAUGCCAUCGCUAAACGAUGUUACCUUUGAACAGCUGGAGAACAUGCCAGUGCACGAAGGCGCUAAACUGCUGGAGAAGUUCUAUCAUAUCUCGCAUGUCAAGCAAGAACUGUCGCCCAACUUUGUGCCCAGUGCUAGCAACAUACCCGUCUGGAUUGUGAAGCCCGAUGGCCAGCGUAUGGAGGCCAAGCUGAACAACUAUGUGACUAAGGCCAAGACUCUGCCCGGUUUCGGCGAGGAUGAGGUUACCAUUGUGCUGACCGGUCUGCCCCAGACUACAAGCGCUACACGCAAGGCCAUCCACAAGCUGGAGCAGGCUUACAUCCAACGCUACAACCUGCAGGAACAGCAGAAAUAUGGUCAGAGCCAACAGCAACAACAGCGCAACAACCAGUACGAGGUCACCUCAAGCGAGGAGCGCACCGAUGAAUGGAAAACAGCCAAAACUGCCGCUGGCAAUUUGAUCAUCAUUGAUUUGGGCAACACUUUGACCAGCUUCAAGCGUUAUGCCAUGCUUGAUGUUACCGCUACUGGUGCCAUGAUUGGACAGACCUUGGUCGAGCUCACCAACAAGGGCGUGCCUCAGGAGAUCAUCCACUUGGUUGGUCAGGGCAUUGCUGCCCAUGUUGCUGGUGCCGCUGGCCAGGAAUACACCGCUGAAACUGGCCACAAGCUGCGCCGCAUCACCGGUCUGGACCCCGCCAAGCUUAUUACCAAGAACCGUGACUACCUGGUUGGUCUGUCUCGCAGCGAUGCCGAGUUUGUCGAUGUUAUCCACACCUCCAGCUUUGCCAUGGGCACGCCUAUUCGUUGCGGUGAUGUUGACUUCUAUCCCAAUGGACCUAGCCAGAGUGCGCCCGGUGCCACCAACGUGAUUGAGGCCACCAUGCGUGCCACCCGUUACUUUGCCGAGUCUGUGCGCCCCGGCAAUGAGCGCAACUUCCCCGCCGUUGUUGCCAACUCCCUCAAGCAGUACAAGCAACAGGAUGGCUUUGGCCAGCGCGCUUACAUGGGCAUCGAUGUCGACUACGAUCUGCAGGGUGACUACAUUCUUGAGGUCAACGAGAAGAGUCCUUUUGGCAAGCGCGUGAGCGCCCAAAAGCAGGUCUCCUACCACGGCCAGCACCGCGAUGCCUAAGUCCAUCAAGCUCAACAC